AUGCCUAAAUCUGACUCAUCAUCUACGACAAGUGCUUAUUCUUCACUGCAGGAAGACUUUCGAAAUUUAUUCCAUAACAAACAUCUCAGUGAUGUGAAAUUGCGAGUGGAUGGUGAAAUUAUUGAAGCAUAUAAAACUGUUCUAGUGGCUCGAUCCCCGGUAUUUGCUGUUAUGUUUGAUCACCAAGAGAUGGAAGAAACUCGCAGUGGCAUUGUCGACAUCGUUGAUAUUGAUGCCUACGUCAUGAAAUCAUUUUUGAAAUUCUUAUACACCGAUAGUGUAGAUGAAAUGGAUUAUGAAAUCGCAGCAAAACUGCUGAGGACUGUGGAAAAAUAUCAAGUAUUGCCCUAG